GGCGCUUCAGUCGCUCGAAAAGGAAAAUGGCGUUGUGUGUGUGAGAUGAAUGUGGUGACAACAAUUAAACAUUUUAAAAAUGUCCAACCCUCCAUCGAGUCGUCGGAACGGUGCCCAGAAGAUCCGAUUGACGAUUCUUUGCGCGAGGAAUCUAGUCCGGAAGGAUCUGUUCCGUCUUCCAGACCCCUUUGCUAAGAUCUCGGUGGAUGGAAGUGGGCAGUGUCACUCGACGGAGUUCAUCAAGAACACCCUGGAACCCAAAUGGAACUCGCACUACGACUUGUACAUCGGUCGCAACGACAGCAUCACAAUCUCAGUAUGGAACCACCGGAAGGUGAUCAAGAAGCAAGGAAGCGGCUUCCUAGGCUGUGUUCGUAUCGUCAAUUCGCAUAUCCAGCGCCUUAGGGACACGGGAUACCAAUGCCUGGACCUCGGCAAGUCGUCCCAAGAAGACAGCGAGCCCGUGAAGGGUCAAAUCAUCAUAUCAUUGUUGUCCAGGGACGGACCCUGCAGCGGAACUCCUCUGGCCGUCGUCGGGCCGCAGGGGGAGCUGCGGGGCCCCUCGGACCGGGAUUCGUCCCCCUCGAAUAACGACGAUCUGCCUCCGGGCUGGGAGGAGAGGAGGACGAGUAAUGGGAGGCCUUAUUACGUCAAUCAUAUCACUAGGUCAACGCAAUGGAUUAAACCCCAGUCGACGGGCAAGGCGAGGAGGAGGCCGUCGAACCAGGCCGAGAAUAAUAAUGGGAACGUGGACAACACGAACGUCCAAGAAAUCCUCAACAACAACACCGUCGAGACCAUAACCCCCAGCUCGAGCACCUCCCCGGUCUCGCCCGUCGUCAGUCCCCAGAAGGAGUCGCGGCCGACGCCGAGCGUCCCGACGAGCCCCGCCUCCCCGCCCAACGACAAUCGCAACUUCAUAACGAUGCCGUCGCCGACGUCGACGUCGGUAGUGCCGGCGCCGAACAAUAUCAGUUGUAACGCGCCGAACAGCAACGCCAGCAACGGCGUCCCAAACAACAAUCUGAGUGUGAACGGUGGCAGUGAGGUGGUGAGCCCGCAGAUGGGGCAGGGCCAGCCGCGGGCGGCGGCGCGCGAGCGGCGGCAGCGCAGCGGCGACGAGAGGCGGGACGGCAGCAGCAGGCGGCGCUCGGGCAGGAACAACAGGAACGCCGGCGGCGGGACGGCGCAGCAGACGCAGGCCAACGCGCAGCAGGGGGCGGCGCAGACGAGCAAGCUCGACCUACCUCCCGGAUACGAGUUGAGGACAACUCAACAGGGACAGGUAUACUUUUUCCACAUCCCCACCGGCGUGUCGACAUGGCACGACCCGAGAAUACCGAAAGAUCUGGCCCCCUUGAGUCUCGCUUUGGACCACCUAGGCCCUCUUCCGCCUGGCUGGGAAAUGCGCCAAACGGCGACCGGACGGAUUUACUUCGUCGACCACAACAACCGGACAACCCAAUUCACCGACCCCCGCCUCAACUCCCAAAUACUCAGCAACAUCCUCCGCCGCGCAAGCUCCACCUCCACCACGACCGCCACCACCAACACCACCAAAACCACCACCACCGCGACCACGACGACGACCACACCCUCCACCUCCACGACGACGACGCCCAGCACGACGAACACGACGACGACGACACCGUCCCCGGUGACCAACGGCCAGGCGGCGCCCCAAAACCCCGCGCCCCUCUCGCCCCGCAACCGCCUGACCGACGACCUGCCCCAGGGCCUCCUCAACGACAGCGACCACCUCCCCAAGUACCGGCGCGACCUCGUGGCGAAACUCAAGGCCCUGCGCGUGGAGCUGACGGCGCUCCAGCCCCAGAGCGGCCACUGCAGGCUCGAGGUGUCGCGGCACGAGGUGUUCGAAGAGAGCUAUAGACUUAUCAUGAAGAUGAGGCCGAAGGACAUGCGGAAGCGGCUGAUGGUGAAGUUCAAGGGGGAGGAGGGGCUGGACUACGGCGGGGUGGCGCGCGAGUGGCUGCACUUGCUCUCGAGGGAGAUGCUCAAUCCGCAGUACGGGCUGUUCCAGUACAGCAGGGACGACCACUACACGCUCCAGAUCAACCCGGACUCGUCCGUGAACCCGGAGCAUUUGUCGUACUUUCAUUUCGUGGGGAGGAUAUUGGGGAUCGCGGUUUUCCAUAACCAUCAGCUGGAGGGGGGGUUCACGCUGCCGUUCUACAAGCAGCUGCUGAAUAAGCCGAUCACGUUGCAGGAUAUAGAGGGGGUGGAUCCGGAACUGCACAGGAGCUUGACGUGGAUGCUCGAAAACAACAUCGACGGCGUCCUCGACACCACCUUCUCCGUCGAGAACAACAGCUUCGGCAUCGUCAAAGUCCACGAGCUAAAACCCGGCGGCGCCUCCAUCCCGGUGACCGAGGACAACAAACGCGAAUACGUCAAACUAUACGUCAACUACCGGUUCAUGCGCGGCAUCGAACAACAGUUCCUAGCACUCCAGAAGGGCUUCACCGAGCUGAUCCCGCCUUCGCUUUUGCGGCCUUUCGACGAACGCGAACUAGAACUAGUUAUAAGCGGUAUAGGUUCCAUAGACAUCGCCGACUGGCGCUCGCACACCCGCCUAAAGCACUGCACCCCCGAGACCCCAGUCGUGCAAUGGUUCUGGCAGGUGGUGGAGUCGUACUCGGAGGAAAUGCGCGCCAGGUUGCUCCAGUUCGUCACGGGCUCGUCCAGGGUGCCCCUGCAGGGCUUCAAGGCCCUGCAGGGCAGCACCGGGGCGGCGGGGCCGCGAUUAUUCACGAUACACUGCAUCGACUGCUCGCCCCAGAACCUGCCCAAGGCGCACACUUGCUUCAACAGGAUCGACAUUCCUCCGUACGACAGCUACCAGACGCUGGUCGACAAGCUGACGCAGGCCGUCGAGGAGACGUGCGGCUUCGCGGUCGAAUGAAUAUAUUGUAUAUCGUAGUCUUGAAAAAGACUGAAAGUGCCUUCGCUGCAUGCUAGCUCUCACGGUUACGGUUCACAAGUGCCUAAUGCUAGUCAGUCACGCUCGUAGAGAGUCAUAGCACUUGGUUGGGGAGUUCAAAUUAGUACAAUUUCGUUGUAGAUUAGGGUCCGCCGGGCCCGAGCUUUCUCACAGCUGACUAUUGCCAAAUGCUUAUUUUUGAGAACGAGACACUUUUGAAAUUGUGACACGAUGCCUAUUUGAAAUCAUGGUGAUAGUUAAAUGCCUGACCUGAUGGCCAAAAGUGCUUUAAGACAACAAUAAAGAUUUUAUGUAUCAUUGUUAGUUGAUGAUGUUAUCUGGUGAAAAGACAUAUAUUUUUACAUUGUUUCCUUGGGAGCGGGGGAACGAAGUAUUUGUUUUGUGAUUGUUUUUUUCUGUACAUACAGCGAACUGAUUUGCGAGUUAAAAAGCAUUAGGUUAACGAAGUUUUGAUAAGCGGUAUUGUGAUUUUUCUAUAAUUUAUCGAUUUGUAUAUAUUUUUAUCUUUUGCACUUUUUGUUAUCUACUUUGUAAUUUUUCUAUGAUGAUAAGGAUACACAAAGCAAUAUCGUAAUGGAUAGUGAUAAUACGUUUUCUUUUCUAUUCGCACAUGAUUGUAUCACGUAGGAGAGCAUUUUGUAACGAUAUUUCUUAAGUUAAAUGUUUAUUACCCUAGACUUACCCGAUUAUGGUGUUUCAAGAUCACUAUGAAAAUACUCUUAGUGUACAUAACGUUCUGUUUGGUUUUGUUCAGUUUCUUUGAUUGCGUCAUUGUUUAUUUUAUAUAUAUUAGUGAUAAUUUAAUUGUGGUGUUUAUGUUAAGAAUUAUUUGUAUAUUGUAUUCAGAUGAAUUAUAUUUUAAACUAUUUUGUA